GCGUGCUGUUAGGCGCACGAAUCGCUGGCAGCAAAAACAAACUGCAAAAAUAAUAAUCCUCGGAGUUUUUACUAUUUAUUAAGCCAAAGAGAAUAAUCCCCUCCAGGAAGCAGGAUGCAGAAGUACGACAAGAUGGAGAAGAUCGGGGAGGGCACCUACGGCACGGUGUUCAAGGGCCGCAAUCGGGACACCAUGGAGAUAGUGGCCUUGAAGCGGGUGCGACUGGACGAGGACGACGAGGGUGUGCCCAGCUCCGCCCUCCGGGAGAUCUGCCUGCUGAAGGAGCUGAAGCACAAGAACAUCGUGCGGCUGAUAGACGUCCUGCAUUCGGACAAGAAACUCACCCUGGUCUUCGAGCAUUGCGACCAGGACCUCAAAAAGUACUUCGACAGCCUCAACGGGGAGAUCGACAUGGCCGUCUGCCGCAGCUUCAUGCUGCAACUACUCCGCGGCCUUGCCUUCUGCCACAGCCACAAUGUCCUGCAUCGGGAUUUGAAGCCGCAGAACCUGCUGAUCAACAAGAACGGCGAGCUGAAGCUGGCUGACUUUGGUCUGGCUCGAGCCUUCGGCAUUCCCGUGAAGUGCUACUCCGCCGAAGUGGUGACCCUGUGGUACCGGCCACCUGAUGUCCUGUUCGGAGCCAAGCUAUACACGACCAGCAUCGACAUGUGGUCGGCCGGAUGCAUUUUGGCUGAGCUGGCGGACGCUGGACGACCGCUGUUCCCCGGCUCCGAUGUACUCGACCAGCUGAUGAAGAUCUUCCGCGUGCUGGGCACCCCCAACGAGGACUCCUGGCCGGGUGUUUCGCACCUCUCCGACUACGUGGCGCUUCCAUCCUUUCCGGCCAUCACCUCGUGGAGCCAACUGGUGCCUAGGCUGAACUCCAAGGGUCGCGACCUGCUGCAAAAGCUGCUCGUCUGCCGGCCGAAUCAGCGGAUUAGCGCCGAGGCCGCCAUGCAGCAUCCCUACUUCACGGACAGCAGCUCCUCGGGCCACUGAAACGAAGGGGAGAUGCCUUUUUCCUUUUUGAUUAGACCUAAGCCGAAAGCUAUGAUUGUGUGCCGUGUCCCCAAAUGCAGUAGAUGUCGACUGUAGACUAAGAUAAACUGUCCUUAAUUAUUAUUCGUUUUAUUUUGUCUCAACUACCCAAGCAGAACAUUUAGCGAAGUUUGAUUAAUGACAAUCCUUACCAAUGUGACAUUUUAGCUGCCAAAUUAAUCGUUAAAGUUUUAUCACGGGUUGAUUUUAUAAAGAUCUCAUUU